GUACGACAAGUUCAAUUGUUCAGACAAAGCGCGAAGGAUCUGUUUCGGACCAAUGGGCCUAGAGCCCCUAGACAGGCAGUUUCCAUGCCUGCUCCAGGCCCAGGCAAAACAGCACCGGACUGCGGCUCCACCAUUGCCGUUCCUGUUUCUUCGAAUUCUUCUCCCGUUCAGGCGUCCAUCCCUCUUUUCUCUCGUGGCGACGAAGACGACCGACGCCGACGCUGACGCCCUACGCCAGGUGCCAGGUUCCGUCGGGUCCUUCGCCGGCGAAGAGCAUCCACCAGGCGACCCAGUGCUGUUCUGGUGCGGUUUCAUUGCGGAAGUUUUGUUGUGGGAUUUUCCGGUGGCGAAGAUGAUCCGACUACCCAUGUACGCGGCGUUCAGCCUGCUGGCGACGGCUUCGGCGGCGUACUACGCGUUCAGCAGCCGGGAGCAGUUCUACCCGGCGAUGGUGUACCUCUCCACCUCCAAGAUCUGCUUCGUGCUGCUCCUCAACACGGGCCUGGUUGCCAUGUGCGUCGCCUGGCAGCUCGCCAGGCGUCUCUUCCUCGGCUCCCUCCGGGAGGCCGAGGUCGAGCGCCUCAACGAGCAGUCCUGGCGGGAGGUCAUCGAGAUUCUCUUCGCCGUCACCAUCUUCCGGCAGGACUUCUCGGUGUCCUUCCUUGCCAUGGUCGCUGCACUGCUUCUUGUUAAGGCACUGCACUGGCUCGCGCAGAAGAGGGUCGAGUACAUCGAGACCACACCCUCCGUGCCCUUGCUCUCGCACAUCAGGAUUGUAUCCUUCAUGGUUUUCCUGCUCACGGUCGAUUGCCUCUUCCUGUCAAACUCACUCAGGUCACUCAUACAGAAGCGGGAGGCGUCUGUUGCCAUCUUCUUCUCCUUUGAAUAUACGAUACUAGCAACAUCCACUUUAUCAACAUUUGUGAAGUACAUAUUCUAUGUCAGUGACAUGCUAAUGGAAGGUCAAUGGGAGAGAAAGGCAGUUUAUACAUUUUACUUGGAGCUCAUCAGUGACCUUGUGCACUUGUCAUUAUACAUGCUCUUCUUCAUAGCUAUCUUCUUGAACUAUGGUGUCCCGCUGCACUUGAUUCGUGAGCUAUAUGAGACCUUCCGCAGCUUCAGAAUUCGCAUUGCAGAUUACAUACGUUACAGAAAGAUCACUUCCAACAUGAAUGAACGCUUUCCAGAAGCUACAUCAGAAGAGCUCGAUGCGAGUGAUGCUACAUGUAUUAUUUGCCGUGAGGAGAUGACUACAGCAAAGAAACUGCUCUGUGGGCAUCUGUUCCAUGUGCAUUGUCUGAGGUCAUGGCUAGAGCGCCAACACACUUGCCCCACGUGCAGAGCUCCAAUCGUUCCUGCAGAUAAUGGACGUGCUGCAUCAUCACGACAACAUGGAGCCCAGGCUGGGGUUCAACCUGCUGCAGGUACUGCCACUCCAUCCUCAGAAGGAGCACCAGGUGAGAACAUGAGCAGGCGCCAAGCAAAACUUGAAGCUGCUGCUGCAGCAGCUUCUUUAUAUGGAAGAUCUUUUGUUUAUCCUCCAGCAAACACCCUAAACAGCAGGUCUGGUUCUCCCCAGCCUACAUCAAGUGCACCACAAUCUGAAGCCAGUAGCUCCAAUCAUCAGUCACAAAAAGACCAAGAAACACAGCUCCAAAACAGCAGCGAUGGUUUAGUGCCUCUGCCUUUUAGUGCAGAUGGUGUUGUUGGUUCAGGAACAAGCACAAGAGAUCUUGAAAAUUCACUGCAGAAGGCACAAGAAAACUUUAUUAAGAGCCAGAUUGAGAUGUUACAAAUCCAACUGCAAAUGGUGCAGCGUGGCGCUGCUGGGUUGAGCAGUAGCGAGAACACUGAGCACACAGAAGACUGACUGAAUCUGUAAACAGGCACUCCUGCAUCGUGGAGUAAUAAUGAGAAUACUGAGCACACGCAGCUGAAUCUGUAAAUAGGCGGAGAUGAGGAUGGGGAUAAAAGAAAGCAAUCAAAGAAUUGGCUAUACCUGGGGGAAACUGAUGUUUUGCCUGGAUUUUGGUAGGCUUGUUGACUAUGCUUUCCUGUUACUGUGUUAGUGCCUUCUUGCCAGCGUUAGAUGUUUCUCUACGUGUGGUGGUUUCUGUAGGUUGGGUACAUCUAAUUGCUAGUUUAAUUAUACGAUUACACAAAAUUCUUGUACCGAGGGAAAAUAGAAAGGAUAAUUGUACAAAUGACUUUUUUGUGUGCAUAUCCAUGAUAUCGGGAUUGUCUGUAGAUUUUGUGUUUACUGGAGUAAAACAGAAAAUUUGGCUGCU